UGCCCCCUGCACUCGGCAGCUGCUGCUCACUGCUUACAUUCUAUUCUAUACACCGCGGGUGCUACAAGCGUUUUCAUUCGGCUUCAACUGAGCAAACCUAGCGCUCACUCUGCCGACCCCAGCAGCGCCGCAUAGCCGAAGAUGAUUGGCUGACAAUUAGGGUUAAACCCCACCUUGCAGUUACGGCUCAUUUUGCCCGCAGUCCCCAGACGUGUCAAUCUUCAGUCACCCUGCGUUCUCAUUGGCUGAGAGAGCGUGCUAUUCAAAUCGCACAGGCAUCUCCACCCCCUUUCUCACUGACAGCACGUGCCGCGGGGCUACUGGGAAGUCUCCUAAAGGAUCGCCGCUUUUUACAAACGUCACCCAAGCGGAGGGGUGGUUUGAGAGGUUUUAAAGCGCGACUGGUGGACGUCUCCAUUGCUAUCCGCCCCUUAUGUACCUGUCGUUCUCGCAUUGGCGAAGGGUGCAAGUUCGGCUUGAAUGUGCAGGCGUGGUCUCUUCGACAAGCCCCUCCCUCUUCUCAGCAUUGAGUAGGAAAUGUCAUUGUGAGCGCAGGAGCUGGAACUGGCUCUGCAUUCCCAGGCCUGGAUUUCGCUCUCUGCCUUUUUCCUCACACUGUGAUGUGGACGGUGAUUUUAGGAGAGAGCGAUAGAGCGCGCGAGGGAAGGAGAAGCCGACAAGGCUGUGCAAGAUCUGCGUGCCCGCGCACUUUCAUAAAGCUUUCUUAGUCGCCUCCGAACGCUUCCCUCUGGUGCCCCCACCCCGCCACCUUUACCCACACCCCCACCGCGGGAGGAGGAGGAGGAGCGGCGGCCAGCGGGGGGAAUCCAACAUGGCGGAGCACGCAGUCCAUGAGAACAAGCACAAAGCGCAAGCCGCCAACUCCGGGGCCUCCUCCCCUGCCCAAAGCUCCGGGCGCUCUGUCGCUUCAGUCAAUAAUAGUAGUAGCGGCGGCGGUGCGCAUUCUCCCGGAGGAGGAGGAGUAGAGGGCCAUGGAGGACUGUCAGGAGGCUUGUCGCAGCCGGCAGGCUGGCAGUCUCUGCUCUCCUUCACUAUUCUUUUCCUGGCCUGGCUGGCCGGCUUCAGCUCAAGGCUCUUCGCUGUCAUCCGCUUCGAGAGCAUCAUCCACGAGUUCGACCCCUGGUUUAACUACAGAUCAACACAUCACCUAGCAUCCCAUGGCUUUUAUGAAUUUUUAAAUUGGUUUGAUGAACGGGCAUGGUAUCCACUGGGGAGAAUAGUAGGAGGAACAGUAUACCCUGGAUUAAUGGUUACAGCUGGGCUCUUCCAUUGGAUUCUAAAUAUGUUAAACAUAACCGUUCAUAUACGAGAUGUAUGUGUGUUCUUAGCACCAGUAUUUAGUGGCCUUACAUCAAUCUCCACUUUCCUGCUCACUCGAGAACUGUGGAACCAGGGAGCAGGACUUCUAGCUGCCUGCUUCAUUGCUAUAGUGCCAGGAUACAUAUCCAGAUCAGUUGCUGGAUCAUUUGACAAUGAAGGCAUUGCUAUUUUUGCACUGCAGUUUACAUAUUAUUUGUGGGUAAAAUCUGUAAAAACAGGCUCUGUCUUCUGGGCAAUAUGUUGCUGUCUGUCUUAUUUUUAUAUGGUGUCUGCCUGGGGUGGUUAUGUGUUUAUCAUUAAUCUUAUUCCACUACAUGUGUUUGUGUUGUUACUGAUGCAGCGAUACAGCAAGAGAGUCUACAUAGCUUACAGCACUUUUUACAUUGUGGGUUUAGUACUGUCAAUGCAGAUUCCCUUUGUGGGAUUUCAGCCAAUUCGGACAAGUGAGCAUAUGGCAGCUGCAGGAGUCUUUGCCCUGCUGCAAGCCUAUGCCUUCCUUCAGUACUUGAGAGACAAACUAAGUAAGCAGGAUUUCCAGACACUGUUUUUCUUGGGUGUAUCGUUGGCUGCUGGAGUUGUAUUCCUCACUGUCAUCUAUUUGACUUAUACAGGCUACAUUGCUCCGUGGAGUGGAAGAUUUUACUCACUUUGGGACACAGGGUAUGCAAAAAUCCAUAUCCCCAUUAUUGCAUCUGUGUCUGAACAUCAACCAACAACAUGGGUGUCCUUCUUUUUUGAUCUGCAUAUAUUAGUAUGUACAUUUCCCGCUGGGCUCUGGUUCUGCAUAAAAAAUAUCAACGAUGAAAGAGUUUUUGUUGCUCUGUAUGCAAUUAGUGCAGUUUACUUUGCUGGCGUGAUGGUUCGUUUGAUGCUGACCUUGACUCCUGUGGUUUGCAUGUUGUCUGCCAUUGCCUUCUCCAAUGUUUUUGAGCAUUAUCUGGGGGAUGACAUGAAGCGGGAAAACCCCCCAGUGGAAGACAGCAGUGAUGAAGAACGGAAUUCUGGUACACUCUAUGAUAAGGCUGGCAAAGUGAGAAAGCAUGUGUCUGAGCAGGAGAAAGCAGAGGAAGGUCUUGGCCCUAAUAUAAAGAGUAUAGUCACUAUGUUGAUGCUAAUGCUGUUGAUGAUGUUUGCUGUGCACUGUACAUGGGUAACUAGCAAUGCUUACUCCAGCCCUAGUGUGGUGUUGGCUUCAUACAAUCAUGAUGGAACGCGAAACAUCUUGGAUGACUUCAGAGAAGCAUACUACUGGCUAAGACAAAAUACUGAUGAACAUGCCCGUGUUAUGUCCUGGUGGGAUUAUGGCUACCAAAUUGCAGGAAUGGCUAAUCGAACCACUUUAGUAGACAACAAUACGUGGAACAAUAGCCACAUAGCUUUGGUUGGAAAAGCAAUGUCCUCGAAUGAAACGGCUGCUUAUGAAAUAAUGAAAAGCUUGGAUGUAGACUAUGUGCUAAUAAUUUUCGGCGGUGUAAUUGGAUAUUCCGGCGAUGACAUCAACAAAUUCCUCUGGAUGGUUCGGAUAGCAGAAGGGGAACACCCGAAAGAUAUCCGGGAAAGUGACUACUUCACCCCACAAGGAGAGUUCCGUGUAGACAAAGCUGGAUCUCCAACCUUGCUCAAUUGCCUCAUGUAUAAGAUGUCUUAUUACCGGUUUGGUGAAAUGCAGCUUGAUUUCCGAACACCCCCUGGGUUUGACCGGACGCGUAAUGCUGAAAUUGGGAAUAAGGAUAUCAAAUUCAAGCAUUUGGAAGAAGCUUUUACAUCGGAGCACUGGCUUGUUAGAAUAUACAAAGUAAAACAACUAGAGAACAGAGAGGCACUUGAUCAUAAACCUAGAGUAACCAAUAUUGUACCAAAACAGAAAUAUUUAUCAAAAAAGACGUCUAAGAGGAAGCGUGGCUACAUUAGGAACAAGCUGGCACUGAAGAAAGGCAAGAGACCAAACAAGAAAACCGUCUAAACAAACUUCUCUCCCAGGAACCUGUCCUGGACAUGGACAGCAUUUGCCUUUAGAUGAACUCGUGUUUCUACACCAACAUGAGGCUACGGAACCAUCUUUGGUCCAGAUUAUUGUACAAAAUUUUCAGGCAAUGUCUGAUUCAAUAUAUAUAUGUAUAUGUAUAUAUAUUGGCUUAUUAAGAACAGCUGUUAUAGAUUUGUAAUGUGAAGCCAGACAGAUGCUGUACCACAAUAACAGCAGAAUUUUCUUUUUUUUUUUUUUUUUUUUUUCUUCUUCUUGGGUUUCUUGGUUUUUUUUUUUCAAAAUCUGUUAAUUAGGACUGCACCAAAGAGCCCUCUAAUUUGGUCAUUGGCACACUCACAUCAUCAAUUUAUUAGUACUUUUUUUUAUUAUCUCCAUAAAAUACAAAUAAUAAACACACAAUACAUAUUCUCCCUGGUGCCCGGGCAGGAAUAACAGGAUAAGUGACGUUUGUGGGUCCUUGAAGUGAACCAUUCAUAUGUCAAUUGUCAUUAAAAAGAAAUUCAAGGAUAAAGCAUGACGUAAUAAAAUUGAAACAAUAAAGUCAAAUCUUUUGUUUUCUCUAGCUGAUUUUUAUUUUUAACAAUCUCAAGCUGUACAAAUAACAAUAGUCAUUGGCAGUGGAAGUGUACGACAUCCGCUUUUCAUUUUGUACAAUUUAGAACAAUCAAUGGUGAAUCACAAUGGAGUCCAGAACAUUGUACUUAAUAUAAGGCACAGGGAAAAGAGACAAACCCAAAUCUUGACUCCACUGUUGGGAGGGAACUCUAAUAUUAACAAAGAAUUCCUUUGUCAUAUCAUCAGCAAACUCCUGUUAUUUGUGUUUGUUACUGAAGAAUGAAUUGUAUCAGCCCCUGAUAAAGGUAAUUGAGAGAUGGUUUAGUAUCCAGUCUUCUCUUCUACACCUCAAACUCAUUUGAACCCGAGCCAAACGGCUUUGUUGUAUUUCGAGCUCUAGGGCAAAGUUGUAUGUGAAUGAUUACAGCUUUGUGAUGUUUUUAUAGAAACAAAUAUACAGCGAUACAAUUACUUACUGAUGAGUUAUAACGUACAACACGGUAUCUUGAAAUGCCUCCAUGAGAUUCUGGAACUUUUGCAAGUUCUUUUUUUUUUUUUGUUUUUUUUAUUAAUUUGGUUUCUUUUGGCUUAAUUUGAUCUCUCAUUUUUGUGUGUUCUUUGUAGACAAAAAAUGACAAUGUCAACUGAAAUGCACUAUAUUGUAAAUGGGGUAAAGAAUAUGGGUGGAUCUGGUGACAUUCUGCCGCUGCUCGUGUUGCAGAUAUUUUGUUUUUCUUCGAUCUUGAUGGGAAAACAAUACUGUGGAUUUUGCGCCUAAAGCAGACAUUUCUGAUACAUAUGGCGCACAAAUAAUAACGAAUAUUGUGAGCCAAAUGCCUCAAAAAGCCAACUCCACCUGUAAACGCACGUUAUAACUGAAUUUCACACGUGUAGGCGGAAGGUGACUCUAUAGCGACAAUGUUUUAGUGACGGUUUCCCAAAAAGAUCAGAGGCAAUUUAUUUACAUAGUUUUGUAUUUUUUUUUUUCCUUCUGCUUAAAUUAAAGCCCAUAGAGUUUUUAAUUGACUCAAACAUAAAGUGACCAUGUUGGGGGAGGGGGGGAUAUGUUUGUCUAGAAUUUAAAAAAACGCUUACAUUUUGUUUAAAUAUAGGGGAAUAAAGUUUUAUUAAUACUUUCCUUUGUGUGCUGUUUUUGUUUCUCAUGCCCAUGUUUCAAUCUGUCAUGGCAAUGAAUAAUGGGUUGAUUAGGCAAAUAGUUUGUUUUUUGUUUUUUUUUUUUGCGUUAAAUUUUUUGGUAUAGAUAAGAAAAAACUUAAACUUAUUUUCAAGAUGUUUAUUGAAGAGACAUGUAAAUGGAAUUGCAGUAAAAAAAAAAAACUGGAACAUUUCUUUUCAAAUAAAAAGGGAAACGUU